AGGAAAUGAAAGGAGGAAGAAGGGAGAGAAAGGGAACAACGCGCAAGUAUUCAGCGGCGAAAAAACGAAUCAUCACCGCUCCUCUCUUUCUUCUACCGAUUCUCUUUUUCCUAUAAAUACUCAUUACGUAUUCGCAUGCGCACAUUCAAUCACUCAAUCAAUUCAAUUCAUACUCUCUGGGUUUGAAGUUGAAAUUCCAAGAAAAUUAAGAACGUAACGGAAAUGCCUCUGUACAGAAGAAAGCCAUUUCCUCUGGUGGAGAAGCCCAAGGAUUUAAAGCCUCAAGAGCUUGUCUUUCAAGUUCGAUUUACUAAAGAAAUUUUCAGAGAUUAUAGUGAAUAUCUGAAGAGGAUCAAUUUAUAUCGAAAAAGAGUGUGGACAUGCAAAGCCACGGGGAAGGUUAACUUAACCUAUGAAGAGGCUUUGGUUUCAGAGAAAGAAGCCGCAGAAAGAAUCCAAAAUUUCCCUAAGGAGUUAGUGGCUCCCGUUCUUCGUGAAGUUCAAUUCAGCAUGCUCACAUUAAAAGAUCUCGCGAAUUCUAUUGCUGCAAAGUUACAGGGACCCUUCUCAGAGGGUGCUGUAUUAUAUGGGAAAAAGGAUGGCCGUUUACAUAGGUGUAGAAUUGUAAAGGUUCCCGAAGAGGUGGACAAAACUCACUACGAGGUUACGUGGCUUGGAAGUGACAAUAAAGUAACUGGAAAGGCAUUAUUAAAAGGCGAAGACUUGACUGGGAAGAAACUGCCUUUUACUAGGGCUGUUCUCAAGUCUUUUAUCAAAGAUUCAACAUAUCGAAGUUUUCCCUGGGUCUUACAUGAUAGUUUGGUGAAGAAGCAUGGAAUUUCUACUGCUCCUCCUGAAGAACUAAAAAGUAAAAUUUCCAUACAGGAUGGACUUGUAGUUAGUCAUAGGAAGAGAAAAAGAAGUGACAUUGAGAAAAAUACGGGGGAGGUGAAUGAAAAUGGUUUCGUUCACAGGAAAGGAAAUGAGAAACCAGAAGCUCAGGCUGUUAAAUAUCCCAUCGAUGAUCUAUUGGUGCAACCUUCUGAGGAAGACCAAGAUUUGACAGAGCGUCCUUCUCCUUGCAGGGAUUUCUAUGUACCCAUGGAUUGUGUUGGGAAUCUUUUGAUGGUGUGGGAUUUUUGUACUUCUUUUGGCAGGUUAUUAAGCUUGUCGCCAUUCUCCCUUGGAGAUUUUGAAAAUGCCAUUUGCCAUAAGGACAGUACUCCAUCUCUCAUUGUAGAAUCUUAUUCAGCACUUCUUCGCUUGCUAAUGAAAGACAAUGGGGACUUCUCCAUGGCUAUAGAAAAUAAGAAAAGGAGGCCAAAGAUUACAGCUGUCACUUGGACAGAGUAUUUAUGUGAUUUCGUGGAAACCAGUUGUGCUUUGAAAUUAUCUACACACGUCAGUACAAUUAAGCGGGGUCACUAUGGCCUUUUAGACAUUAAUGUGAAACUGGAAAUCUUCCGAGAACUGGUCGAUCAAGUCCUUGCAACAGACAUUUUUCGAGAGAAGUUGGAUGAGCAUAUUGAAGAGCGUCAUGCACUUGCCUCAACGAGGAGAGAUGAAGCACUUGAGGAAGGUAAAAAGAGGAGGGAAGAAAAAGGGCACAGGAAAGUAGGGACUGACAUCAAGGAAGUUGCAGUAGAGCAUAGACCGAAAUCUGUUGCUAGUAAUCACAAUGGACUGAAUGGAGUUAUUUCAGAGAAAUGGAAUGGGAUCUCUCCACAGAAUCACUCAACCGUGGACAGUGAGAGUGAACGAGGUGUCGUCCCUGAGAAGAAUGCUGAGAAACUAAACGAUGCAAAUGUCUUGAUAGAAGAUACUAGCAAUCCAUCUAGAAGGGCCCUGAAACUGAUGAAAAUUGACAUCAAGGAAGCAAUAGAAACGAAAAAUACUGCACAAAGGAAAGAGUACCUUGAACGGGAGAUGGAGAAGAGAAUUGUACGCACCAAUCCAUUGGGGAAAGACAGAAACUGUAACAGGUAUUGGUUUUUCCGACGUGAAGGAAAAGUAUUUGUUGAGAGUACUGACUCCAUGCAGUGGGGUUAUUACGAGACUAAGGAAGAGCUUGAUGCUUUAAUUGGAUCGUUGAAUCCAAAGGGUGAGAGGGAAAGGGCUCUUAAAAAGCAGCUAGAGAAAAACUACAACAAAAUAAACUUGGAAAUUCAGAAAAGAUCAAAGGAGGCUGCUCACAGGAUUGCAAUGGAAGAGGAUGUUGUGCUUAGGAGGUCAACUCGCGUUCGUGCCCCACCUAGGGAGAAUCCUGCAUUUGCCUUCCUAAAGUAUGUAAACAAGUGGAAAGAACUCUGAUUGUCAUCUUCCCAGCUAGAUGUAAUAGGCGUAGUAUGUAUACAACUAUUUACCGGCUGAAAGGAGAGAGCAGGUUAAUAGAUGGUUUCUUUACAGUUGAGAUGAUGGCUUCGUUAAGUGGGUUCAGGAGUAGCGAGUUCUUAUUAUCCUCUGAUGAAGGGUUUAUCCAUUUUUGAUGUGAUUGAAAUUUUGGAUGCAAAAGGUCAUCAUUGCAUGGAUUUUUCAUAUUGAGGCCCACCUGAUGGCACAAUAUGCAACACUCUUUAUCCUUGUAAAUGACAUUCAUUAGUUAGUUCAGGUCUUGGAAAAAUAUCAUUUAUCA